UCUAAGUCCUGUUUGAUUCAGAGCAUAUGAACUUGAAGAAAAUGGAAGUUUGCGGUGGCUAAGUCUCGGCAACUUCUAUGGCCUACUCUGGUAUCUGGGCAAUGUGUGAGGGAGGAUACAGCGUAGGCAAUUUAACAAACAGUUUGCAGAAGACAAUUAAGAAGAAUCACAGUGGGAGCAGAAUAAUAACUGUUAUGGAAUUUGAAUCAGACUGGACAAAGCAUAGAAAAUCAUCUGCUCAUACUGCUCAAGUGAUUAGUUCUGCAACAUCGUUCAUGCCUUGGUCUCGUAGAAUCCCAAUUGUUGAAGGAUUUUAUGAAUUUCUUUAGUUACAUUACAUGCUUCUCAACAACACAUU